UUGAGUCUUCCUGCAAUGCGACUGUGCAGGUCGUGCUGCGUCCAUUACGCUCUACACGACAACAACCGAGGAUUUUCCUUGGUAAGAGACUGCAGCUUUCCCUUCGACUUUCUUUGGUCUACCGUUUCCGUCUGCACGGCAGCAUUCUCUUCUACCAUGCAGCUUUCUUGCUCCCUUUUUAUUGUGAACAUCCGGUACGUCCAACUUGAUAGUUCAGCAAUCUGUAACUCUCCAGCAGGGCCCGUGUGUUUCAUCCCCCUCACAAAAUGUGGAUUUCACUCGUUUCAUGGCUCUUCUUCAUUUCAUUUGUAGCAAUUUUCUUUAGCAUUAACGCAGUUUCGGUUUCUGGCCAAUGUCAAAGCGAUCAGCAAGAGUUGCUGCUCGGAUUGAAAAACGACCUCAAUUCUACUUUAUCCGUGAAGCUGGUGAGGUGGAAUCAAAGCACGGAUUGCUGUUCUUGGGAUGGUGUAAGCUGCGAUGUAGGUGGUCGUGUUAUCGAGCUAAACUUGAGCAACCAAUCAAUCUCCGGUGUGAUUGACAAUUCAAGCAGCCUCUUCAGUCUUCAGUAUCUCCAGAGUCUAAAUUUGGCAUUUAACAGAUUCAACUCCACUAUUCCUUCUACGUUUGAUGAGCUUGCAAAUUUGAGUUACCUAAAUUUGUCAAAUGCUGGCUUCAAAGGUCAAAUACCUCUGGCGAUUUCACGAAUGACAAGGUUGGUUACUCUUGAUUUAUCUACGCUAAACUUCCUUGGACAAGUUUCACUGAAGCUUGAAAGCCCAAAUCUACGAAUGCUCGUCCAAAGUCUCACUAUGCUAGAAGAACUGUACCUUGAUGGCGUGAACAUAUCAGCGCAGGGAAAAGAGUGGUGCCAGGCCAUAUCUGCUUCAUUAAGUAAAUUGCAGGUGUUGAGCAUUUCUAACUGUUAUCUUUCUGGACCAAUUGAACCUCAGCUUCAAAACUUGAAGAAUCUCUCUGUUAUUCAUUUGGACAAGAACAAUUUGUCUGCUAUGGUUCCAACAUUCCUUGCUAAGCUUUCAAAUUUGACUUCCUUGGGGCUCAGUUCGUGCGGCUUGCAUGGACUAUUUCCAAAAGAGAUACUCCAGGUAAGAACGCUACAGUCUCUUGACAUAUCCGAAAAUGAAAACCUUCAGGGUUUCUUGCCAGAAUUCCCUCAUAAUGGUUCUCUUCGGAUCCUAGUGCUUAGCAAAACAAAGUUUUCUGGAUCAUUACCACUGUCCAUAGGCAAUCUUGUGAGCUUGACAAGAUUAGACCUUUCCUUCUGCAAUUUCAGUGGAGCAAUUCUGCAUUCGAUCCCAAAUCUCCAACAGCUUGUUUAUUUGGACUUGUCAUUCAAUAACUUCACUGGCCAUAUUCCACCAUUGACUAUGUCCAAAAAUCUUGCCAAUAUAGACCUCUCUCACAAUAAACUGACUGCUCAGAUCCAAUCAUACAACUGGGGAAGCCUUCAAAAUCUUACUUAUAUUGAUUUAAGUCACAAUUCACUUCAUGGGAAUAUUCCCUCCUCUCUUUUGGCACUCCCGUUGCUGAAGAAGGUCAUGCUUUCCAACAAUCAAUUUGACGGUGAAGUUCCUAGCUUUCCAAAUGUGCGACAAUCUUUAUUGGAUACUCUUGAUCUCAGUAGCAAUCAACUGCUAGGGCCUAUACCCAUGUCUGUUUUUGAACUCAGUGGACUUCACAUCCUGUUGCUUUCUUCCAACAAGUUUAAUGGCACUAUAUGGCUGGGAGACAUUCAGAAGCUUGUCAACCUCUUACAUCUUGACCUUUCACAUAACAACCUGUCUGUCAAUGCAACUGGCAGCUAUUCUACCUUGUCGUCCUUCCCCAAAAUUAGUAGAUUAGCACUGGCUUCUUGCAGACUGAAAGUGUUUCCUGAUCUAAAGAACCAAUCAAGACUAACCUAUCUGGAUCUUUCAGACAACCAAAUUUCAGGUGAAGUACCAAAUUGGAUUUGGAAUGUUGGCGAUGGCUUUCUCCGGCAUCUGAACCUUUCAUUUAAUCUGCUAGUGGGUUUGCAAAAACCUUAUCAAAUGCCUCCUCUCUAUCUCCUUGACCUGCAUUCUAACAAUCUCAGUGGCAAUAUCCCAACUCCGCCUGCAUCUGCAAUCUAUCUGGAUUAUUCAAGAAAUAAUUUUACUUCAUCUUUACCACCUAACAUUGGCAGCAACCUGUCAUACACUAUUUUCUUUUAUCUCUCAAGCAAUGGCCUUACAGGUUUCAUUCCUGAUUCAAUAUGUGAUGCUGUUUACCUACAAGUUCUUGACUUGUCCAACAACAAUCUGAAUGGUAGAAUACCAAAUUGUUUAAUUGCAAGGGAAGCAUCUCUAGGGGUACUGAAUCUUGGGGGCAACAGUCUCAAUGGCAAUAUUCCUGAUGCAUUUCCAAGACAUUGUUCCAUACAAACACUAGAUGUCAAUGGCAAUGAGCUUAAAGGGAAGAUUCCAAUAUCCCUUUCUAGGUGCGAAAAGCUGGAGGUGUUAGACCUUGGUAACAAUCAGAUCAAUGAUUCCUUUCCUUGCCAUUUGCAGAGUAUAUCCACUUUGCGGGUUCUGGUUUUGCGAUCAAAUGAAUUUUAUGGGAAAAUUGGUUGUCUAGGAAGUAAGGCCCCCUGGCCGAAGCUUCAAAUCGUUGACAUUGCUCACAAUAGUUUUAGUGGAAGACUACCGAAGCAAUUGUUCACAACAUGGAAGGCAAUGAUGGUUGAUGACUAUGGAGCCCAAUUAAGUGUUAAACACAUUCAAUUUGAGGUUCUACAACUCAGUGUACUUUAUUAUCUGGACGGCGUAACAGUUACCAACAAAGGUCUAAAUAUGAAGCUGGAAAAGAUCCCAACUGCUUUCAACUCCAUUGACUUUUCAUGCAACAAAUUUGAAGGGCCAAUACCAGAUGAGAUGGGAGAAUUCAAAGCGCUCUAUGUUCUCAACUUGUCGCACAAUGCUCUCACAGGCGCAAUCCCACCAUCUCUUGGAAAGUUGCAUCAGCUGGAAUCCUUGGACCUCUCAAGAAAUAACCUGAGUGGCAGUAUUCCUCAACAGCUGGUAGACCUAAAUUUCCUUGCAGUCCUUGAUGUCUCACACAACCAACUGGAGGGAAGUAUCCCAGCUGCAAAGCAAUUUGCAACAUUCGGAAAUGAGUCCUACGAAGGGAAUAAAGGACUAUGUGGGUAUCCUUUGACGAAGAGUUGCAAAGACGCCAGCAAUGGCCAAGAUUCACAAUCUGAUUCUGAUUCUGGGUGUCAAAUCGACUGGGACAUUAUAAGUGCUGAGGUAGGAUUUUUCUUUGGGUUAGGAAUUGUCAUUGCACCUCUUAUCUUCUGGAAGAGAUGGAGAAUAUGGUAUUAUAAGCACAUAGAUCGUGCUCUUCUCAGGCUUUUCCCUCGGCUGGUUCUCAAAAACAGAAAUCAUGGAAGGAGAGCUCACCGGAGUCAGGGGAGGAGGCUCUAGCAA